GUGUUCCGGGGUCAAGGAAAAGACAGUAGUUAGCGUACAAAUAUAUAUAUGUUGUGCUAGUUUAGCUAACAGAUAUAUACAUGUUGUGCUAGUGUAGCUCACAUUAAAUGAACAGUGGCGUGUGUUGUAAUGGCUCUGUUCACAGAGUAACUGUCUAUGUCUAAGUGUGUAAGCAGAUGCUGUCCAUGCAGUGUGUUCCUUCCCCUUGAGGCUGACCGCAGAGCAGGAUGUCGGACAGCGGGAACCAGUCCUGUCUGAUGGGAGCAGAGGACACUGUGUCCUUCCUGGUUUGUGUGUUCCAUGCGUGGGAGGAAUGGGCCGGCCUCGGUCAGCUGGAGGACUACCUGAGUGUUCUGGAGUACCUGCUGUGGGUUUUCACCCCUUUGGCCAUCGUCUUCAUCCUGCCCUUCCUCAUCGUCAUCCUCCUUUACCUCUCCAUACUCUUCCUUCACGUCUACAAGAGGAAGAAUCAGCUGAGGGAGGCUUACUGCAACAACCUGUGGGACGGAGCCAGGAAGACCCUGGCUACUCUGUGGGACGGACAUGGAGCCAUAUGGCAUGGUUAUGAGAUCCAUGGCAUGGAGAAGAUCCCUGACAAAGGACCAGCACUGAUAGUUUACUAUCAUGGAGCCAUUCCCAUCGACUACUAUUACUUUCUUGCCAAUGUAAUCCUCCAGAAGGGACGGCCCUGCCACUCUGUAGCGGACCACAUCCUCUUCAAGAUCCCAGGUUUCAAGUUACUGUUGGAGGUGUUCAGUGUGAUCCAUGGGCCUCAGGAGGAGUGUGUGCGGGCUCUGAGGAGCGGUCACCUGUUGGGGAUUUCUCCAGGUGGAGUGCGUGAGGCCCUGUUCAGUGAUGAGACCUACCCUCUUCUCUGGGGCAAACGCAAAGGCUUCGCCCAGGUCGCCAUCGACUCUCAAGUGCCAGUAAUUCCAAUGUUUACUCAAAAUGUGCGGGAAGGCUUCAGAUCUCUGGGAACACUCAGAUUUUUCCGCUGGCUGUAUGAAAGGUUUCGCCUCCCUAUCGCACCUAUUUAUGGUGGAUUCCCUGUGAAGUUUCGGACCUUCCUUGGUGACCCCAUCGCGUACGACCCCAACGUGAACGCUGCAGAGCUGGCGGAGAAAGUGCAGCAGGCAGUUCAGUCUCUGAUAGACCAGCACCAACAGAUCCCGGGGAACAUCUUGAGAGCCUUGUUGGAGAGAUUUCACACCAAACACAAAGCCCAUUAACAUCAGCAGUACAACCACAGAGACAAACUAUCCAGUGUGUGACCAACAGGAGACGUCACAUCCGCACAGACGGCUGCAGUGAGCACAGGUUUGGAGGCCCAACAUGUUGGAAUAUUUGCACAACUUUCAUCACUGCUUCCAAACACCACCGGCUGCAGCUGCUGAGGUUCUACAUAUAAAUGUUUUUAGGUAUCGCACCUUUCUGAUAUGUUUCCUUGCGUACAUUGACUCCCUUUUCCAUCAGAUGAAUCUGUUUAAAAGCUAGACUUCCUGAAGUUGUGAACAUUAAUUAUACCCUAAACCGAUAAAUGAAAGGAUCUUUUUUUUUUUUCAAUACAGAUUGGAACAAUAUCUUAUUUGUUGUGUUCCAAUAUCUUAAUUAUUUACUGUAUGGUCAGAUAGAAGAUGGACCUCAGGACUGACCUGUGUGCUGAUAGGUUGGUUGAACUUCUGGUUCUGGUCGCUGUAGUUGUGCUAUGUAAAUAAACGGGAUUCAGGCAAUUUCUUAUUUGAAAACUGUGAUAUAAGUACGUUAAUGUCAAAGAGAUUCUUAAUCUUGGUUAGUCUUUACAUUUGGUUUAUUGUCAGGGUGUCACGGCAGGGUUUAUGGCAUGUUGACACCAAACCUGAAGUGAACUUUAAUUUCGCGUUUGUUGUCAAUGUGCGACUGGACACAAAUGUAGGAAUUGUGCAUCGUAAAUGAUGCACAUACGCAAAAUUUGAGUACUUAACAUUUUUGUGCAAGUAACUCAUAUUUGUAUAGAGAUUGGACGAAUGUAUAAAUGUACAUGUGUAAACAAUAAUUUUGCUGCCGUACUUAUGCCUAAUUUAGAAGCAGUACUUUGGUUUUGAUGGAGCAGCCACAGUGUUACCAUAGCCUAGCACUGAAUGAUCCAAACUCCAUUCAGAAAACAAACUGCUGUAAACCAGUCGUCAUGUGACUUGCUAGAUACAGUCAAGCUCGGUGAAUGCCUCCAGUUAUGAACCCAAGCACGGCGGCGUCUGUUUUUCUGAUGUAUCUGAGACUUCCACAACAGACACAGAGCCGCAAUAGUGGUUGUUUCAGCCACAGUUGAUGAAGGAAAGACAUGGCAGAAAGAAACUUUGUUGGUGUCCAAGAUGCUCUGAACCAUCUGUUUGGUAUCUACAUGGAGGAUAAGCCCCUCCUCCUCUCGGGCCGGAGUGUCUCGUGUGAUUAGCGCGAGGCAAAAAUUGGUCUGGCGUUUUGUUUGAACACAGUAUUGGAUUCAACAGGCAGAGUAGACAGAGCUGAACUCGGUGGUUAAGGUUGGCCAACUAUGAAAAACUUUUUGGAUUUGAUGUCUUUAAAGGUCGGAGUUCAUGUAUCAUUGUUGGCCCAGGUACAAACCAGACAAGUAUGAAACCAUGGUAGCUGGUAUACAGAGUCCCAAACAUACAAUGGGAAACAGCGUUCUUUAUGGUAAUGAUUACCCAGCGUUCAUUAUAUUGACUAAAUACAUCAAUUCCAGAGGAUAACGCUUUAUUUUACAGGACUUUCUCUUUUAUUCUAAAUUCCUGGAAAUUGUCCCAACCAUUAAAAGAAAAAUAAUCUUAAAAAGUACCAGUUUAUAAUCUCUACUUAACUAUUAAUUAAUUAUUUAACUACACUCUUCCAGCUAACAUGUAAACACUCUAAUGAGACGGUGUUUACCAACUGAUCACCUAACACCUUAAACUAGUCAUUCAAUACGUACAUACUAUUACUUACUCAGAAAAGUUCCAGGAAAUCAAUGGACCGGAUAAAGCGUUAGCUAAAGAACCUGUAAAACUGUGUCAGGCCCUCAGUAAUGAAAAAGUACCAGCUCUUACUACUGCCAGGGACAGGCAGAUGUGGUGUCUAAAUAGUUUUUUGCUUUAUGUACAUAAACAGAGGCAGUGGUGAUUCAUAUUCUUGGUAAUUUGUGAAGCUGUAGGUUAUCUUGUAUACAAUUACAUCAUAUUGUAAGGUGUAUUGUUUGUGAAUUUUUUUUUUAAGUCUGAUCAAAAUAGCUUUCUCUACUGUGUUCAUGCCAUAGACUGUAUAUAAGGAGUGGACGUAGUCACAGUGACGUCACCAUUGGUUUGUCGACUACCGUUUUAAAGCCUCGAGGUCGUUAUUUUAGAUGUGCCAACUUGUUCAUUUGCAACCAGACAUUACAUGAGUGGGUGGAGCUUAGUACACCCAAACACUAAAUAAGACAUUUAUAAGGCAACCACAAAAGUUACAAAAUACUUUCACAAACUGAAAACACACCGUGAAAGCAUUAAAGUUCUAAGACAAAAACAUGGACAACUCCCAAAGGGGAAAAAGCCAUGGUAUCAACCUGUCAAUCACUGUGAAGCCCCGCCCUAAAGCUUACCAUGCUUUAUGGUAUAUUUGACUCUAAGUGGACCAUCAUUUACUAAAUGAACAUCAUGCUGUAUUGAAGAAGACUUGAAACUAGAGAUUGAGACCAUAAACUCAUGUUUACAAUGUUUACUGAGGGAAUAAAUCUAGAGAGAAGUAGAGUUAUUUUCUCAUAGACUUCUAUACAACCAGAGGAGUCGCCCCCUGAUGGGCAGUAGAGAGAAUGCAGCUUUAAGACAUUAAGCAUUGACUUCACUCUUCAGAACCAGAUGUUGCUGCUUGGUUUAUGACUUUAAAACAGGUGAAAGAAAACGUUUUGCCAGCAUAAUCUUUCUAAAUGCCUAAAUCUUUUUUCAUCUGUGAAACUUGUAAAGUUGAUGUUGGGAUGUAAAGUUUUGUCAGGUAAAAAUGUUUUUCUUACAGGUAAGGUUUUUUUAUACACAAAAUAUGUACUUUUGUUUAGAGUGCAUGGAGUAGCUGUAAGAAAACAUGAAAACUUUUAGUCCUGUUUAAAACAUGGGUUAGUGGGGAUCUCUCUUGACAGCGAAACGAAUAUUACAAGAACAAACACUUGAUCCUGACAAAAAAAAAAACAGAUGAUAAAAAAGUAACUUAGAAUAAUUAUUCUGGCAAAACCCUUUUUCCCCUGUUCUUAAAUUUUAUACAGAGAAAACAUUUUUAAUCUCACUUGCCUGUCAGGGCUUCCUUAAUCUUGUAUUUUGCAAAAUAUUUUUUAACAUUUCCAAUAGAAUUAGGGUUCAAAAUUAACCAAAUCACAGACAUAUGGUAGAUAACUUAUUGUUUAAUGAUUUCUUAUUUUAUUGUCAAUGAACUGUCCACUAGGGUCCAGCUAGGGUGGGUAUUAAUUAAUUAAUUUCUUUACUGUAAUAUUUGGCAAAACUGUCCUAAUAGCCAGUCAGCUAUAUGUAGGUGAAGUGCUCUGAGAAUACCUGCUCAUAACUUUGCUCUCCCCUGCCUCUGUGGGCCGCACCCAAAAAUUGCCACCGCUCAUGUACACUUUGACCAAUCAGAGCGAGGCUCCGAUUCUCCGUUCUUAUUGGCUGUGGGACUGUCCGGUCACCUUGGCAACGACGUUGGUGCGUCCCUGCGUGUUUCGUCUUCCUAUCAAUGUAACUGAAUUCACAUGAACGCGCAUAACUGACGUUCGGUGGGAGGAGCUACAGCAGGUAGCGUGGCAGGGAGAGGCCAGAGAGCACGCGACGGAAUCUCAACGGCUGUUUUCGCCCACCCUAGCUUUAAGUAAGCUAAUAGUUAUUUUAAUGUCCUGGUGUAAAUCCAGACUCCAGUCUGGAAGGAUUCUGAGUUCCCUUUGAGUCAUCACUGUCAGACCAUCUCAUGUUGCUUACUUCCAACACUUUGCUGCAGAGGUGAUGUAGUUUUGUAGGCCAACUCCAGAAGUUAGCAUUGCCCUGGUUGUUCAACAAUAAGCCAAUAGAAGUUAUUUUUUUAAAUCUCAUAAGCUAGUGUUAACCACAGACAUCUAACUAAAAACCCAUUGACUUUGAGGGGAGGGAACAGGAAGAGCUAAAUGCUGACUCAUUCCUGGGUUUUAGGACUCAUUCCUCACCACUCUAUUGUAAUGCAUUUUAAAAAUGUUGAUUUUGAUGUCACGGUUUCCAUUGGCUCAGAAAUAUUCUCAUAUUGUUCUGAAACCGUUAGUUGAUCAACUCACAGUCAAUCAAUGGCGGUUGCAGUUACUGUGAGGAUUUAAUGCUUUUCUCUGUUUAAUAUCAUUGUAAACUGGAAAUGUGAUAUUGGACUUUUGGCUGAAAACAAGACAUAUGAAGAAGACAUUACCUUGUGCUCCAGGAACUUAUGAUAUGCAUUUACAUUAUGAUAUUGCAGAUACAUUUAACAAAUUCAACAAUUCAUCGAUUAAGUGAAAGAAAAACAUCUAUUGGUUAAUCAAUGAUGAAAUUAAUCAUUAGUUGAACACCUACAAAUAGCAGUGGACUUUGUUGUGCCGUUCCUCUGAAAAAGCCAAAGAGAUGUGAGAGGUACGCUGAUGCAGCAGAUGCCUUUUAUCAGUCAAACUUCAGAGGGAACCAAAUAAACUGAGGCUAGUAUAGAACUGUAUUUAAUAAAAAAUAUGCAGAGAUGUUAGAUACAAAUGCAUUCAAAAUAAAAUACAAUAAUAGAAAACAACAAAAUAGAUGAAACAUUAAUGGCAGUUCUAACAGCUCAGAGGUGAGAGCCUCGAGCUGUCUUAUUAAAUGGGUUUCACUUUGGAAUAACCCAUAAGAUGCAUAAAAAGGUUUGUGUAGUAAAAACAUUUAAAAUGAUUUAGAAAACAGGCAACCAAUGUGAAGAAUGUAAAACAAAGUGCACUGUCCCUCUGACCUCAAAGCACGGCUUCACUUAAAUAGGACUAAUCAUGAAAAACUCCCUUUUCUAGUGCUUGUCAACGUGCGUCUGAAUAUCUGGAGGGCCUAGCAAAACCCCCAAACUGAAAAUAAGACCACCCAGGCCGUUUUUGUCGGCUGUCUGGACCAGAAAACAUUCUUUCCAUAAUGUUGUCAGACACUUACAAUACCAAUCUGAACCAGUAGCAAAAACACAUAUUUUAGUGGAUGCAUACUGACGGUGAGGAGUUACCCUGAGCGGUUUUCAUUGCAACAUGUUCCUUCAAUACUGGACCAAUUUAAAAACAUUGUGUUGUUAGUCACUUAGACACAACAAACAUGAGAAAAUGGGGUUGAAAAUACAGACAGUCCCUUUAAAUAGAAAUGAUGAUCUGCAGAAGAUUCUCAAGCUGAAUUUAAGUAAAUAAAUAAAAAACUUAAUGAUCGCUGCUGAUUUCUAUAUGUGUGUGUUGUGUCUGUGUGCUCACAGCCAGAAAACACAUGACUGCUUGUAGAACCAUCGGUGUCCUCUCACACAACUCAAGUAUCUCCUCACUGUAAUAUUUAUCAUAUCUGUACAGAUACUGAUCGAUCACUUUAUUGUCUGCAUGCACGAGUGUGUAUAUAUAUUGUGAUUCAACAAAUGUUUUUUGCACACAUAGUCGUCAAAUUGUCACUGCCAACUCUGAUUUUUUAUUUUAUCUUCUGAAGAAGCCUCUGUGAGACCGUGUGUGCUUUUGACUGAUGCUUUCCUUCUGUGACCGCUUGCCUUUUACCAUAUUUAUGUUGUUAGUUUUGAGAUGAUCUAACAUGUCUUUUAAAUGGUGUCCAUAUAUAAAUGUUGCACUUUUAAAAUAUUGAAAUACACUUCAACCUGUUAAUAAAUCUAUUUUAUUAAGA